GUUUAAUGGUGUUUUAUAAGGUUAAUAUUGAUUGUGUUGUCAAGCUGGACGCCUUCUUCAGUGAGUCAUUAUGAGUCAUUGGUGGAAAUUAGUAUUGCUUUAGGGCCCAUGCCGUGCCCUUGCCACAUUCUUAUUUUGAGGGGUGUAUUUGUGACCGUCUGCAGCUAGUAAGUGAUGGUUCAAGGGGCUGAAGGGAAGAUGAAGAGCAGCAAUGCGGCGGCGGUGGCUUCGGCCGAGGCGGUGAAGGUGGUGGUUAGGUGCCGGCCGAUGAAUGAGCAGGAGACAGCCAACCAGUAUGAAAGAGUGGUGGACAUGGAUGUGGAUCGAGGCGUGGUGGAGCUCCGCAACGUGAAGGCCGCUGACACAGAUCCACGGAAAACCUUCACCUUUGAUGCGGUCUAUGACUGGAAUUCUAAGCAGCAGGAACUCUAUGACGAAACGUUCCGGCCUCUCAUAGACUCCGUGCUCAAUGGCUUCAACGGGACCAUCUUUGCAUAUGGCCAGACAGGGACUGGGAAGACCUACACGAUGGAAGGUAUUCGAGAUGACCCGGAGCAGAGAGGUGUCAUUCCCAACUCCUUUGAACACAUUUACAACCAUAUUGCUCGCUCCAUUGACCAACAGUUCCUUAUUCGGGCAUCAUACCUUGAGAUUUACCAGGAGGAGAUCAGGGACCUCUUGGGGAAGGACCAGAAGACCCGACUGGAGCUGAAGGAAAGGCCAGACACGGGAGUCUUCGUUAAGGACCUCCAGCAGUUUGUGUGCAAGAGUGUCAACGAGAUACAACACGUCAUGACUGUGGGGAACCAGAACCGAGCUGUGGGGGCGACCAAUAUGAAUCUGCACAGCUCCCGGUCACACGCAAUCUUCAUCAUCACCAUUGAGUGCAGCACCUUGGACGACCGGGGACGAGGCACCAUCAGGGUUGGCAAGCUGAAUCUGGUUGACCUGGCUGGCUCUGAGAGGCAGUCCAAAACAGGAACGGCGGGAGAGAGGCUGAAGGAGGCCACCAAGAUCAACCUCUCACUCUCGGCUCUGGGCAAUGUCAUCUCAGCCCUGGUGGAUGGCAAGAGCACCCACAUCCCCUACAGAGACUCAAAACUCACUCGCCUCCUGCAGGACUCUCUCGGUGGCAACUCCAAAACAAUCAUGGUCGCCAACAUUGGACCUGCCAGCUACAACUACGACGAGACCAUAACAACUUUACGCUAUGCCAACCGAGCUAAGAACAUCAAGAACAAGCCCAAGGUGAAUGAGGACCCAAAGGAUGCCAUCCUGAAGGAGUAUCAGGAGGAGCUUGCAAGGCUGAAGGCGCAGCUGAAGCAGAGAGGAGUCAAGAAGAAGAAGAAGAAGAAACGGGCAGAAGGAGAAGAAGUAGUGGAGGAUGAGGAGGGAGGAGAGGAAGAAGAGGAAGAGGAGGAGGGAGUGGAGGCUGAGGGCAUUCUUCAGCAGCAGCAGGAAUUGGAUGAAGAGAGAAACAGAAUCCUGAAUGACCAACACAUGAUUGCUGAGGAGAAGGAGCGUUUCCUGACGGAGCUGAAGAACAAGGAGGCAGAGCUGAACACUUCCAGGGAGGUGCAGGAGAAGUUGAUGAGUCGCAUCCAGACCAUGGAGAGCAAACUGCUGCGUGGAGGGAAGAACAUCAUCGACCACACCAAUGAACAGCAACGCGCCCUGCAGCUGCGCACUCAGGAACUUAUGGAGCAGAAGAAAAGGGAAAGAGAAAUGCUGCAGAGGCUGGAAAAGGAGGAGGAGUCAUCAUGUGAGAUCGCCUCCACGUUCUCCUCCUUGCAAGCGGAAGUUGAAGCAAAGACUCGAAAACUCAAGAAACUAUUUGCCAAGCUGCAGUCUGUUAAGCAGGAAAUGGGUGACCUGCAUGAGGAAUUCUGCCGGGACCGGGUCGACCUGCAACACACCCAGGAUGUCCUCACCAGAGAGCUGAAGUUGAAGGCUCUCAUUAUUGAAAACUUCAUAUCACCAGAAGAGAAACGCAAGAUUUUGUCACGCGCUUAUUUUGACGACGACGAGGAUGUUUGGAAGCUGCGGCCGGUAGUGAGACAGACUGGUGGCACGCUAAAGAGGCCUGUGUCUUCAGCCUCACGCAGACCAACCUCAGAGUAUGCUCGUAUCCAAGCCUCUGUUGACCAUAAUCCUCGAUAUAAGGGUGAAAACAUUAUGGUAGUUGAGCUGGACCCAGCUGUCAGAACUACAAGGGACUGGGAGGGCCCCCUGGUAGCGCCAAGGGUGGCCGCGGCCCUAGAGGCAGCCCUCACACCCCUGGAUGAUGACCUGAGCAUUGAUGCCUCACUGGCCACUCUCAGUCGGCCCCGAGCUGUUGUCUCUUCGCGCAAGGAAAAGACGAAGGGAAACACUUUCAGGAGGUCCCCAGGGGCUAGAGUGGACUUUGCUGACCUCAUAAACUGUCACAAAAAGACCCUCAACCAAAUCCUGCCAGAGGUUCAAGAGUGGCAUUCGCCCCCCCCUCCCCAGGGUGCCGGACAGUUCGCUUUACCCAAAGUCCCGCGGUUCUGGUGCCCCAAGCUAGCCCCGGCACCGCAGUGGACCCCCGCGAGGCACCCGGGCCAUGGAGGACCCACUACGAUGACGAGGACAGUGACCCAGGCUACUUCAGGGAUCCCCAGCAGGCCACCGAGCAGCCCCCCGACCACCCCAGACAUCCCCAAGGAGCAAGGGGAGGGGCUGGGGGUUGGCACGGUGAGUCUGGAGGCAUCCCUGGAGGUUCAGGAGGCCGUGGGAGGGAGAAAAAGCACAUCCUCCCAUCUUAAGCCCUCACGCUCCCCUCUCACCCCAGACCUCCCCUGCAGCUUUGGUUGCCUCCUCAGAAGAGGAUGCACAGCUCGCAGGGACGCACUGCCACCGCGCAGCUACGAGCGGGUGCUGUGGCGCCUCACCCCUCACCUCUGGAGGCGCCUUGAGCUGUGCCUGGCGCAGCUCGGGGAUGCAGACACACUCAGCGUCCUCACCCCCCGUCAUGUACUCCUUCAGGCGGACUCCGGGGGAUGGCUCCGGGACGGAUCGUCUAUUCCCCAAGUGGAGACAGCUAUGGAGACACAGAGAGGGAGAGGGAGGACCUGGUGUGUGCCGUGUGCAUCUGUUGUGUGGCUUUGUUCCUGUGUCGAGUGUGGGAGGGCAUGA